CACCCAUCGGCUAUGAGUCGCCAAGAGCAACCGAGAGGAAGGCCUCCUGGGGAUUGCUAGGCAGCGGGGGAAACGCGCGCAGGCGCAAUAGCCGAGGCUUCUGGCAGUCCGGCCGCAGGGGUCCGGGGGCUGCGGGAGAGCCGGGGCGCUUGCUGUCCAGCGUCUGUCCCAGUCUCCGCCCCGGCGCGGGGUCCAGAUGCGGAGGCUGACGGGCGCACGUGGCGGAAGCUGCUCCUCGGGCUGACACCGCAAACGCCUCUGCUUUUUCCCCCGUCGUCGUCAGUUACCACCUCCGAGCCUUUUUUUUGUUGAUGCCCCUGGACCUGUUUUCACUAUGAAAUAAAAACUUCCAGCCCGUCAUCUCCCACCUCCGAGCCCUUGCCUCCCACCCCCCCCCCCCGCCGAAGCCCAACCUCUAGCCUGCCUUCAUCCAUCCCCGAGCUGCUCAUGAGUCUCCAGAUCCGAGGACCGGACUUCGGAAAGAAAGAAAGAAAGAGAAAAAGAAAAAAAUCCAAAAAGCAGACCAAUCCGAGAUCCCCCCGGUGACGGUCGUGAUUGGCAGUGAGGACCCAGAGAGAGGGGCCUGGGACAGGCCCCUUCGCAGUUCAGCCAGGAAAUAAGAGAUUUCUUCACUGUCAAAAAUGUCAUCUUUAAGAUCAUCAGAGCUGGAUGGAGACUCAGAUGAUUCACAAUUAGCAGCUAAAUUUUGGGAAGUAAAAUUGCCAGAUGUUGUACCACUAGAUGACCUUAAAGCAAUUGAAAAAACUCAGGCUGCUGAAGUCAUCCAGAGAGCUUGGUUUUCUCACAUGGAUAAAAUAAUAUUUCAGCUCUUAAAACACACAAUUUGUGCAGCGGAAAAUUGUGUAACACAUGAAAUACUGAAGAAAGUGUGUCCCUCAGAGGCUGCUCUUGUAAAAGAUCCUAGUGUGCAAUGUAAAGUUAGAUUCAGAUUUGGUGGCAAGAACUUUCCUCCUUUUAUUGUGUUUAAAAUUUUUCUUCACACUGGAGGCCAUGGGAACAAGUAUUUCAGUGGAAAAAAUACAUUGAGGCCAUCGAGUGAGGCAGUGGUUGAUGCUUGCAAACUAAUGGGAAAUCGGAAAUAUUAUGACCAAAUAAUACAAGACCAACUUCAAUUCCAAAAGUAUAAAGUUGCUGAUGAAGUUGAUGUUGUUACCAUGAAGGAUUACAUGCACUUUACCAGUUUUCUGGAUGAAACCCCAGCAUAUCUUGGUGGCAAAAGUAACUGCUGGAGAAGGCUGAGCCUGGAAAACUUUCCAAAGACAAUGAUAAUGUAUGACAUAAUGGAUUAUGCAACAUCUGGAACACUCUCAGAUCGUCUGCAAAAAGAAUUGAAGUAUCUGUUGCAAAAACCAAAAUCUAAAGAGAUGCACCAUGACCAGCUCCGGAUUGUUUCUCAAGUUAGGACUUCUCCUUCACCCUCUUCUUUAAGUGUUUCCUCUUUACAACAAUAUCAUCAACAACUAGUAAAGCCCAAGCAUUCAGGCCGUCGCUCAAAGCAAGCACGAAUGAAGAUUGCAAAAAUGAGAAGAGCUUAUAAGAAGGAACAGGAGAAAAAUAUGGAAGAACCAAAUACACAAAAAACAAAUGAAAAAAAUCAGCAUCGUAUUAUUAUCAUUACUCCAUCUUAUGAAAUUUUGGGAGUUAACUCACCUCCUUCAGAUGAUGAGUUGGAGCAAGAAGCAAAGGAAUUAUUUACUUGGACCAAAGAGCUAUGUCUUGAUAACUCAUAGUUAAUUAAUAAAAUACUCCAUACCCUUAAACGAUUAGAAGUAUUAACAAAUACAAGUAUGUAGAUUUUGCUCCUAACCCAAUAUAAGCGGUAAGUUUUCUAAGCAGUACUUUGAUGUGCCAUAAACAGAAAUGUUCUUGUCCAUCAGAAUUCUAAUAAAAAUAAAUACUAUAAGUUAAUGGCUGUGGUAAAAUGCUGCAUGGUUUUAUAUGAUUAAUGAUGAAUGACUUAAUUCUUGGAAUCUUAAUUUUGUUGUUGUAUCAUUUUCUUUAAAUACCUAAGCAUCCUUGGUUUGCAUAAAGAAUAGAAUUCACAGCAUAUACAACUUGUACUCCAGUUAGCCUCCAAAAUAUAUUGUUUCAUGUUUUGCCAAAUAUUGCAACAAUAAGAACAAUACAAUCUGCAAGGUCAUUACAGAGAAUGUUUAAUACUCUUAAGUAUUCUUUUUGGAUAUUUUAAAAAAUAUUUUUCAAAUAUAAAAUUGAAAACUGUUUUGAACAAAUAAUCUACUUAGCAUUUUAAACUUUUAAAUUCGGGUACCUAACUUAGGGAACUGUUGACAAUGACAAAAACUUUUCUGUGAUUCUGAUCUGGUGUAAAAUAUCUGUUUUUCCCAGUGGCUGGCAUUAAUGAACCAAAAAUAAUUAUAAUUAUUUCUGAAACAACAGACUUAAUUUGCAUUUUGAUGAACAUUUAAAAUGUAUGAAUUUGAUUAGAAGUUUUGGUCAAAAGAAAUUAGUUGCAUAGCCACAUAAAAAAAUUUCAUCUGCUGCUAAAAAUAUUCUAAUAAUAAUACUACUGUUGUGCUCGCUUCGGCAGCACAUAUACUAAAAUUGGAACGAUACAGAGAAGAUUAGCAUGGCCCCUGCGCAAGGAUGACACGCAAAUUCGUGAAGCGUUCCAUAUUUUUU